CUGCUAAUCGCUGGGCGAGGAGCGCGGAGAAGUUCUGGGCAAAGUCCCGGGAAGCGGUGGCGCUAUCGCAGCGCCCGGGAGCCCGCGAGCCCUGCCGGGCCAAGGGACUGCAGCGCACGACAAUCAGUUUGCGGAGCGGAGCGGGCUCCAACCUCUCUGUGGGCCCUCGAGUGGCCGUCCCCGCCCCGGUCUCCUGCAGCUGGUGGGGGAACUGUCAAACACACGUUGCCGGGGGACGGAAGAAACCGGGUUUGCCUACUCCCGGGUCUGUGGACGAACCUCGGAGCCCGGCACCCACCGGGGAAGUAGGCGGCGUUCCCGGUUGCAGAGCGAGCAGGACGUUGAAAACCGGCUGCAAAGUCAUCUCCUUCUGGUGGUUGCCAAGACUUCAGAUCUCUUCCAUUCGCCUGCUUCUUGAGUCCUAUUGAGAUCAAGUUAAAAAUGAAUUAAUGCCAAGUUCAUAAGAGGUUCUGGAGGCUGAGAAGUCCAAGCUCAAGGGGCGGUGAAGCCAUUGUCUGGGAUUUCCUCUGGAUCAUCCAAAAUGCUUUCAACACAUAUUGGAUAAGAGCUGAGCCUCCUGCCUGUUUGGAAUUUCCAUACUCUCUACUCCAUUGUCUUCUGAUGGCAUUUUGACUGUGUCAAGGCCACGCGACCCACCUGCUCAUCAUGAGUGAUGAGAAGAACCUCGGAGUGUCUCAGAAAUUGGUCUCCCCAUCAAGGAGUCCAAGUACCUGCUCCUCCAAGCAGGGAAGUCGGCAGGACAGCUGGGAAGUGGUAGAAGGACUGAGGGGAGAGAUGAACUACACCCAGGAGCCACCAGUUCAGACAGGAUUUUUGCUGAAAAAGCGGAAAUGGCCCCUGAAAGGCUGGCACAAGAGAUUCUUCUAUCUGGACAAAGGAAUCUUGAAAUAUGCCAAGAGCCAAUCUGAUAUAGAGAGAGAGAAGCUGCAUGGCUGCAUUGAUGUUGGGCUUUCGGUGAUGUCUGUGAAGAAGUCGUCCAAGUGCAUAGAUCUGGACACAGAGGAGCACAUCUACCAUCUGAAGGUAAAGUCCCUGGACGUCUUUGAGGAGUGGGUGUGCAGACUCCGCCACCACAGGAUGUACCGUCAGAACGAAAUUGCCAUGUUUCCCCAUGAAGCCAAUCACUUUUUCCCGGGACCCACCGUCACGGACUCUGUGGAUGGGGUCUUUGACUCCAUGUCAAGUAAAAAGCGCAGCAGUAUAUCAAAGCAGAAUUCGCUUCAGACCGGCAGCAAUCUGUCCCAUCCUUGUGGUGGGGAGGCACGAGUUCCGUUGUGGCUGCAGUCUUCGGAGGACAUGGAGCAAUGCUCAAAAGACCUGGCACACUGUCACUCCUACCUGCUAGAAAUGAGCCAGCUGCUCCAAAGUAUGGAUGUGCUGCAUCGGACAUACUCGGCGCCAGCUAUCAACGCCAUCCAGGGUGGAGCUUUUGAAAGUCCCAAAAAGGAGAAAAGAUCACACAGGAGGUGGCGGUCCAGAGCUAUUGGCAAAGAUGCCAAAGGAACACUACAGGUCCCUAAACCUUUUUCUGGCCCACAAAGACUGCACUCUUCCAAUCCUAAUUUGUCAACGCUAGACUUUGGAGAAGAGAAAAACUAUUCCGACGGCUCUGAAACCUCAUCCGAGUUUUCCAAAAUGCAGGAAGAUCUGUGUCAUAUUGCCCACAAAGUUUACUUCACUUUAAGGUCAGCUUUCAACACCAUAUCCGCGGAGAGAGAGAAGCUGAAGCAGCUGCUGGAGCAGGAUGUCUCGUCCCCGUCGGCCCAGGUGGUGGGCCUGAAGCGCGCCCUGUCCUCCGCCCUAGCACAAAACACAGACCUUAAAGAACGCUUAUGCAGAAUCCAUGCCGAGUCUCUGCUGCUCGACCCCCCGGCUGCUGCCAGGUCGGCGGACAGUCUGGCAGAGGAAAACUCCACAGAUGACAACCGACCUCUGGUCCAUCAGCUUUCCAAUGAGAGUCGACUCUCCAUCACUGACUCCCUUUCAGAGUUUUUUGAUGCACAGGAAGUUCUGUUAUCUCCAAGCUCUUCAGAAAAUGAGGUUUCUGAGGAUGAUUCGUAUGUCAGCGACAUAAGUGAUAACCUUUCUGUGGACAAUCUCAGUAAUGAUUUAGAUAGUGAGAGACAAACUGUGGAGCCGGUUCUCGGAAGCGGUGGGGAAGCCAAGUCCAGAAGGCGGACGUGCUUGCCGGCGCCCUGCCCCAACACCAGCAACAUCAGCGUGUGGAACAUCCUGCGGAAUAACAUAGGCAAGGACCUGUCCAAGGUGGCCAUGCCGGUGGAGCUGAACGAGCCCCUGAACACGCUGCAGAGGCUCUGCGAGGAGCUGGAGUACAGCGAGCUGCUGGACAAGGCCGCUCGGAUCCCCGACCCCGUGGAGAGGAUGGUGUACGUGGCCGCCUUCGCCGUGUCGGCCUACGCGUCCAGCUACUUCCGAGCCGGGAGUAAGCCCUUUAACCCGGUUCUCGGAGAAACGUACGAGUGUAUUCGAGAGGACAAGGGCUUCCAGUUUUUUUCAGAGCAGGUCAGCCACCACCCACCUAUCUCUGCAUGUCACGCGGAGUCGGGGAACUUUGUUUUCUGGCAAGAUGUGAGGUGGAAAAACAAGUUCUGGGGCAAAUCCCUGGAAAUUGUCCCCAUUGGCACAACCCACGUGACUCUGCCCACUUUCGGAGAUCACUUUGAGUGGAACAAAGUCACCUCCUGCAUCCAUAACAUCUUAAGCGGGCAGAGGUGGAUUGAGCAUUAUGGAGAGAUUGUCAUCAAGAACCGGAAUGACGAUUCCUGCCACUGCAAAGUGAAUUUUACCAAGGCGAAGUACUGGAGCACCAACGCCUGUGAGAUCGAAGGCACCGUGUUCGACCGGAGCGGGAAGGCGGUGCGCCGGCUCUUCGGGAAGUGGCACGACAGCAUCUACUGCGGCGGCGCCUCCUCCGCCUCCUGUGUCUGGAUAGCGAAUCCCAUGCCAAAAGGCUACGAGCAAUAUUACGGCUUCACCCAGUUUGCACUAGAAUUAAAUGAACUUGAUCCGUUGUUGAAGGCUCUGUUACCACCUACUGACACUCGGUUUAGGCCAGACCAAAGGUUUCUCGAAGAAGGGAAGGUGGAAGAAGCUGAAGUACAGAAGCAGAGGAUUGAACAGCUGCAGAGAGAAAGGCGGCGGGUCUUACAGGAAAAUAACAUGGAGCACCAGCCGAGGUUCUUCAGGAAAUCCGACGACGACUCUUGGGUGAGCAACGGCACCUACUUGGAACUCAGGAAAGAUCUUGGUUUUUCCCAGCUGGACCAUCCUGUCUUGUGGUGAAAAAUGAAAACCGAGCGAUGCGUUCUCGUAAUUCUGUGUUGGCUUUCUGAAGUGACAAACCUGUGUCUAUACACUUAGAAAAUGUUCUCUGGAAUGUUCACUUGUGCUUAGCUUGGCGUUUUAAGUGUUCAAGCGCUCUAUCUUUUCUUCAGUAGGGUUCUUUCCAAUUUCAAAUGUUAUGAUUGUUUAUAUACAUGUAGAACACCCUGAUAUUUCUUUUUUAUAUAUAAAGUAUUUAAUAAAAAUGAAAGAUUCAUUGUUAAUGCGUGGGUUGCAAAAGAAGCUUUAACACUAAUUUUCCAAAGGUUAGGAAAAUUCAAGUUGAAUUUAUGCCUUAUAAAAUUAUGUUGCAGAAAAAAACAAUCCAUCUCUCCCGGGUGCAUUAAGGAACAAGAAUGCCCAGGGUGACUCACCCAUGAGGACGCUACCCAGGUUCAAUUCGGUAGCUCAAUCUCUUUUUGCCUCAGACAGCUACUGACUUGCUCAAACAGAGCGAUCCUGCUGGUGCUGGAUUCUGAAGGACAUUUGCAUUUUCAUUUGCAUAUGGGUAGUGGUAAAGAGGAUGGUGUAAGUUUGGUGGAAUGUGUGUUUUUGUACGAGGUGCAGAUGGUAUCUUCUUGAAGAGGAAGCCUUUGAGCUCAUCCCUCCCCAUAGUUUUUAUUGCCUUAUGUGCGGAAUUAUGCAGGUCAUGGCUCAGAGGAUUGUCGUUAAUCUGAGAGAAUCCCCAUUCAUUAAAUGUCCGAAUGAAAUCCCAGAGAGGCAGCGGGAAAUUUCUCCUUAGAGCUGAAUGCUUGACAAGAAACUCUUUUCUGCUUCCAACGCCCCGGCUUCCUCUCCUGUCGGACCACACCCCUACUGAGUGUGGAGUGUCCCAGCUUAGUGUAAAACAUCCAGCACAUUCCAUGCACCAGUGUGGCUCUGUACACGUUUAGCAAAAUAACUGAUUGUUUUAAAAUACUGUUGUGGUAUUUUCUACCUCUUAAUAAGCACUGUAUUUUAGAUCUUGUAUAAAAAGUCGGACCAUCUGCCUUAUAGACGUGUGUAGAGAAUUGAUGUUCUUCCUUUGUGUUGAGCUCUGAUAAAGCUUUUGGUGUCUUACCCUUUUCCCGCACUUUCUUCUUACUCACGUCCCUCUCUUGUGAGUCUCGCAGCAGCCCUGAAUUUUACAGAUGAUAACUGCCGGAAGGGGAAGCUUCGUCUUUGUAAAUGUGUCAUUUCAAGUUACGAGAAUGGAGUCUGUGCAGCAGUUAAAUUGUGCUACCGAAAGCAAUUCCAGCCUCUGCCCAGAUUACAUUAAAACCAAAGCCUAAUUUUUAAGCCUUUUACUCUGACGUCCAUAAUAAUUCUAUGGAGUGUGAAAUAAAAUGGUGUGGUGUAAAAGAUUGCUCCCGAAAAUAUUUUUUUAGAUACUUACAUAACUUCAGAGCCCGUAGCAUGCUCUGAAGAGCAAAGUAGGAUAAAUACCAGAAAGAGGAACGCCUGCUUUGUCAGUGUCACACCGAGGAACCAGUGGGACGACGCCAGGUUUCCAAAGUGGAGAGGAGUCUGCAAGUGACCGGCAUUUUAAAACAGUAAACUCAUCAGAUGUCGCACUCAUCCAUUCCCUUUCAUCACGAUGUCACGGUGAACACAAUGUGAAUAGCAUUUCCAUUUCCGAGCCGUUAAAUGACCCAGCCACCGUCUGCAGUGGGCGCUUUGUUCUCCUCUUUUCAAGCAUGGGCCCAGACUCCGCCCCCAGACGGGCAGGAGCAGGCUGUGGACUUCAGGGUACUCCAGGGGAAAACAAAUCUGGUUUUCACGGAGUGAAGAUAGAAGUUGAAUUUUAGUAAUACGGACUAUUAAGUAGGUCUGCUCUAGAAGUUGGUUCCAAAAAAGAAAAAAAAAAACCCAAAAAACAAAACUGGACAGAUGUAGCUUUGUCCUGCAGUAUUUGUAAAUUCUUUGCCUCGAUGCUCUUAUUUCAACUGAUACUGGGUUGUAUUUUGGAAUCACAGGAUGAAUGGACCAAAUAUCAUCUUUGUAGUCAUCUUCUUUGAGAUGGGGAGGGGGAGGAGUUAAAAUGUGAUACAGAACUAUAUGCAAAUUUUAAAAUCCACUAGUCUGUGCCAGUAUCUCGAAAGGGUUUUUCGGACAUUUGAGCUUUGGGGAUGCAUCCUGAUACUGUCACCUUAACGCCCCCUUGAGUAGGACGUGGCUUCCUUAUUUCCCUUCAGUCCCUGUUUCUCAAAAGCACUUUGCCACCUAAUUCAUAGCUUGGUGGCUUUUUUUUUUUUUAAUUAAGAUGAAGAAACCAAACAUGGCAUUGUUGGGGUAGAAUUGAGGUAAAAAUCCAGUGUUCUGGACUCCAGAUCUCCUGAUU